AUGCGAAGUUUCGGCCUCGGUUGGCUGGCACUGGGUGCUGCGGAUCGAGUUCCAUAUGCCUCGUCGUCCAAUGUCGUGGACCAACCAAGGACGCGGGGGGUGCCCAUGUUGGAGGGCGCCGCGUUGUUGGGCACGCACCGUCUCGAUGCGAACGCAUAUGCCUGGGCCUCGCAAUUCACUUGA